CUUCUCGCCAACAUCACAUGAUGAAAAAGAAGUGACGUAAGAGGAAGAAGUCGCCAUUAGAGAGCGGCCGAUAGAUUUUAGCGGAGCCCGUGGCCUGUUAGCGAGGCGCUGUGCAGCCGCUCUCUGUGCUUGUGCGGACAGGGGCGCUCUCCGGAGCUGCGUGUGGCCUGUGGUGUAGCCUGGGCUCUCGCUACAUCGGCUUCCAUGGCGGCUGGAGGUGGAGGCGGAGCUGGGGGCAGCAAGACGUACUCGUUCAAGGUGGUGCUACUCGGGGAGGGCUGUGUUGGGAAGACUUCGUUGGUGCUGCGCUACUGCGAAAACAAGUUCAACGACAAACACAUCACCACCCUGCAGGCAUCCUUUCUUACAAAGAAGUUGAACAUUGGUGGGAAAAGAGUGAACCUUGCAAUUUGGGAUACUGCAGGUCAAGAGAGAUUCCACGCACUUGGUCCUAUCUAUUACAGAGACUCUAAUGGGGCUAUUUUAGUGUAUGACAUUACAGAUGAGGACUCCUUCCAAAAGGUAAAAAACUGGGUGAAGGAGCUGAGAAAAAUGUUGGGUAACGAAAUCUGUUUAUGUAUAGUAGGUAACAAAGUAGACUUGGAAAAAGAAAGACAUGUCUCAAUUCAAGAAGCAGAAGCGUAUGCAGAGUCUGUGGGUGCUAAGCACUAUCAUACUUCAGCCAAGCAGAAUAAGGGAAUUGAAGAGUUGUUCCUUGAUCUCUGUAAAAGGAUGAUUGAAACGGCACAAGUAGAUGAAAGGGCUAAAGGAAAUGGCCCUAGUCAAUCAGGAGCUGCAAGGAGAGGAGUACAGAUUGUAGAUGAUGAACCACAGGCACAGAGCGCUGGAGGAUGCUGUUCUGGAUAAAUGUACAAACUGAGUGCAUACUUGUCCUAUCAGGAAGAUUGCCAUAUUCCAAGUCACAUGUUCUUUUACCAUUGGAGUAACAGAAUUUAACAUUUAACAGUAUUUAAAUGAGGAAAAAAGUAACAAAAUCAGAGACCAAGUGCUAUACUAGUGGAGUACGUGACCAGAGAAUUGGCAUUUUCUACAACUGUUAACCGAGCAAUUACCAAUGGCCUUUUUACAUAUGUUUUUUCUUUAAAGAAGAAUUAUAUGCAUGUAGAAAAGACCUACUUAAAGCUUCAUUUAUAUUCUUUUUAAAUCUGAUCCUUAUUUAAUAACUUAUGUACAUUGUUAGAAUGGUAUGCACUUUGCUGCCCUUUGUAUUUUGUGGAAAACUAAAUGUAUUCUAAAAUGCAUUUUUUUUUCUCUCAGAUACCAGUCAUAUUUUUGCAGGGUUUGCACAUAUUCUGACUGUCCACUUUGGUUAUUCUUCAUUCUGUAAAAUGAUCUGGUAAAUGUGCACUGUGCAUUACAUAUUAAAUAUUUUAUCUGCUUUUUCAUGUGCAAGAAAUGUACUACAAUAUUGUGAGUAUGAUUUUGCAGUUGGCAUACUUAAUACUGUUCUACAAGUGACCUUCACGUCCCUUCUAUUGCCUAUUCAUGUAACUUGCUUUAAUUGCUGUGGUUGCAUACACUUUUAUUUUUUUUUUUUUUUAAUAGCCCCUCUCAUUUUUCAACAUUUUGAAAUAAUCUGCUAGAAAGCAUUCACCUAAUCCUCUUUUGGAUCUCUGUAAUUGCAGAUCAAAGUAUACAACAUGAGGACUAGAACCAGCUCCUCUAGUGUGAUACAUAUUAAUGCACCCCCACCCCCGCCCCCAUUUCAUGUAACUGUUAUUAUUCGUUGUAGAAUAAAUCCAUCAUUUGUUAACAAUGUAAAUCUUUUUAGUUUUGAAAAAUUAUGUUCAAAAUCUGAAAUUCAUUGAAUGGUUUUAAUAAUUUUUCAUUCUUGCACUGCUUUAUCACUUGGAGUGGGCAAAAUUUUAUUUUCUUAUGUACCUCUAAACUUUACAUUUUGUGUGGCUUAAGUAUUGAAAUAAUGGAACUUCUAAAACAGAUGAGUGAUGAUUUAAAAGUUUAUGGUGGCGGGUUUUUCUGUAUGUUGUCUCCCCAAAGUUUUAAUUCUGAAUAAUCACAGGGAGAGUGGAUUGUUGGUAAAAGCAAGUGGUUUAUUUUUUGUUUUUUACAUUUAUUGUCAUUCCUGAAAAUACAAAAAACCCAGUAAAUGUAAUGUCUAAGACCUGGAUAUAAACCAUGACUUAUUCCUUC